AAAUAUAACGUCAGAAACACGAGAUUAGUGGACAUUAGUGGAAGAAACGCGGCCCGCCGCUGUGCCCACUUGUGUUGCGCUCCAGUAGCGAGCAGCUCGGGGUGGUGUCGUGUGGUGUCCGGGGCCGUGCAUGUGCGAGUCUGCCUGCGGGGGGGAUCGGGUUGGAGAUGCAGCAAGAGGGAGCAGUUUUGAGGAAGUGACGGACGCCGAGCGGAGACUGGCCAGAGGAAGUUUGCUCCAUGGUGGUACCGUGCGCCUCAGCGAAACUUUUCCCCGUUUUGGGCGCCAGCGACGCCGGCCGGAUAGAUCAAGGGAGGGAGCUUUUUUUUCCAGAGGAAUCAUAACUUGAAAUUUGGAGGGAAAGGAGGGGUGUCGCGGAGGAAUUUCACAAGCAAACCCUGUCCUUCUCCUUCGGUUUUGAACGGAUCUAUAAUGGGGAAGGAGCAGGAGCUCCUCGAAGCGGCGCGCACGGGAAACCUGGCCGCCGUGGAGAAGCUUUUAUCCGGGAAACGAGCGUCGGCUGGCACCGGGAGCGGGUCGUACGGAACCGGUGGAAGUGGCAACAGCGGCGGCCACGCUGCCUCCUCGCAUCCGCUCUCCAGUCUGCUCAGCAUCUGGAGAGGUCCUAAUGUGAAUUGUGUGGACAGCACCGGAUACAGCCCACUCCAUCAUGCUGCCUUAAAUGGACACAGUGAAGUGGUGGAAUUGCUCCUACGAAACGAGGCCUUGACCAACAUAGCUGACAACAAGGGCUGCUACCCUUUGCAUCUGGCAGCAUGGAAGGGAGACGUAAACAUUGUCAGGUUGCUCAUCCACCAAGGACCCUCCCACCCCAAACUCAACGAACAGAGCUCUGUAGACCAUAAAGAGUUCAAACGCUGUGGGCCCUUUGACCCCUAUAUUAAUGCCAAGAACAACGACAACGAGACACCCUUGCACUGUGCCGCCCAGUACGGACACUCGCAGGUAGUGCGGUUGCUGCUGGAAGAGCUGACGGACCCCACCAUGAGGAACAACAAAUUUGAGACUCCACUAGAUCUGGCGGCACUGUAUGGCCGGCUAGAGGUCGUCAAGCUGCUGCUCAGCGCCCACCCCAACCUGCUCAGUUGCAACACUAAGAAGCACACACCGCUGCACCUGGCCUCCCGUAAUGGGCAUCUGUCUGUGGUGGAGGUGCUGCUUGAUGCUGGCAUGGACAUUAACUAUGAGACGGAGAAAGGCAGUGCACUCCACGAAGCAGCCCUGUUUGGAAAGACAGAUGUGGUGCAGAAACUUCUCAGUGCAGGCAUUGAUGUGAAUAUUUUGGACCAGAAGGGCUUGACAGCGCUGGACACUGUGAAAGACAUGCCCUCUCAGAAGAGCAGAGCGAUAGCAGCGCUCAUCCAAGGACUUAUGAGUGGAAAACCACCUGACAUCGACCUCCCCCUUCCACCAAUCCCCCCACCCCUGGAGAGUCCCGGCCCUCGAAACAAGGGCGAUCUGGAGAAAGUAAGCGAGUUGAUCUCUGGGCUGGCCCCGGGGCCUGAGGAGGAGAGUCCUUAUGAAGCUCUGUUUGAAGCUACCUCUUGCCAUUCUCUGGACAGCCUUACAAGUGGCAAAUCCUCAGACAGGGAUUCUGGACGGCCAGACAGUGAAGCAGGAAAGAAAGAUCGCUUGGGCCAUUUACCACAUCCUGGCGUUGGUCUUGAAGAAGAAGUGAGCUCAGAGGCUUUAUUUACGAAUAACAGUAUUGAUGAGCGUGGAGAGACUGCUAAGGAGGAGGAGGAUCACACAUAUGAGUUGUUGCUGACUGCUCAAACUAAAGUCCCGCUGCCAAGCCUGGAGUCCCAGUUUCAUAAAGAUGAAAACAAAUGUAUCCAGUCAAACAACAGUGUCCUACCUCAGUGCAAAUCCAACACCCUAAAUAACCUUGGCACACCAAACCUGACAAAAGAAACUCUGCAUCCCUCAGGAUGGGUGGGCCUGCAAGCAUUAGGAGAUAACUCGCAGCUCAGCCCAGAUCAGGGUAUCCCAGAACAGUUUACUGGCCUUCUGCACGGAUCGUCCCCAGUGUUCGAUUGUCGCGAGGCACCCUUCAGGAUUCCAGGUGUCGCGCCACCUGGUCAGACCCAACCGCAGUCCAGAGCCAAAGCGAAAGAGCAAGCAGUUUCAACACCACAUAGCCGUCCCAGUAUGGCUGCCAUCCUAACAGACUGUGAUCCAAAUGCCAUUUAUGCUACUGUGAAGAAGGACCCCAGAGACUUGGGGGCAGUAUCUGGUAGGAUGCGUCCUCCUGGGGACCUCAAGCUGGCCCGCAGCCUCUCCAAGUCAGACUCAAAUUUGCUUGUGUCGCCUCCGAGUGAAGACGACGGAGGACUGGUGAACCGAAGUGAAUCUGUUUCCAACUGUAGCAGCGGGAAGAAAAGGCUUGAGAAAUCACCGUCAUUCACCUCAGAAUGGGACGAGCAGACACUGAUGCCUUCUCCCAGCACAAAACCACCAGGAUCUAAUUUCUGGGACAGAAUCGAGAAGAUCAUGACGCUGAUUGGUGCUGGCAUUGACUUUUCCAGAGAUCAGCAAUACACUACGCCAGGUGCCUCUGUUCGAUUGCUGCAGCAGCCUGUGGGAGACUGGCUGGAGCUGGUGGGGUUGCCGCAGUACGAAAGCAAGCUGCUCCUCAACGGUUUUGAUGACCUUCACUACAUGGGGAGCAAUGUAAUGGAGGAGCAGGACUUGCGAGAGAUUGGGAUCAUAGAUCCAGGCCACAGAAAGAAGAUCUUGCAUGCCGCACGUUCCCUACCCAAGGUGAAAGCACUGGGCUGCGAUGGCAGCAGCUCCCUCUCUUCCUGGCUGGAGAAUUUGGGCCUGAAUGAGUACCUCCAGAACUUCCUGGCCAGCGGUUACCGCUCUCUGGACUGUGUCAAGAACCUUUGGGAACUGGAGAUUGUCAAUGUCCUUAAGAUCACUCUGCUUGGUCACAGGAAGCGCAUUAUUGCAUCAUUAUCAGAGAGGCCUUAUGAAGAGCCUCCGAUCAAGCCACCUCGGUUGUCUCAGAUCAGGUGCCAAGACCUCCCAGCAUCACAUUCCUCAUUGUCACUUGGUCAGAUGGAAUCCUCCACAAGUCAAUCCAUGGAUCCGCUGCUUCCAGGUGGGGAAGCAGUGAGGAAGAAAGUGCCAGAUAAUGACUAUGACAUCACCGAAAGACAUCGCAAUGAACGCCGCAGAUCCCAUGAGCAGCAUGAGGAGCGCCACCGGGAAUCCCGUCUGAUUCUUCGGCCACCUAGUCUGGCAGCUCCAUAUGCUCCGGUCCAGAACUGGCAUCACCAGCCUGAGAAGCUCAUCUUUGAAUCCUGCGCUUAUGAAGCCAGUUACCUGGGUUCUAUGCUUAUCAAGGAGCUACGGGGCACUGAGUCCACCCAGGAUGCCUGUGCCAAAAUGCGGAGGUCAACAGAACAAAUGAGAAAAGUCCCGAUGAUUGUCCUCUCCAUCACAUACAAGGGUGUGAAGUUCAUUGAUGCAGCCAACAAGAAUAUCAUCGCCGAGCAUGAGAUCCGUAACAUUUCAUGUGCUGCCCAGGACCCAGAAGACUUGUGCACAUUUGCCUACAUUACCAAGGACUUGCAGACGAACCACCAUUACUGUCACGUGUUCAGCACUGUGGACGUGAACCUCACCUAUGAGAUCAUACUGACACUCGGUCAAGCGUUUGAGGUGGCUUAUCAGCUGGCUCUACAGUCCCAGAGGACCAAACAGCACCAGAACCUACCAAUAGGUCCUGCUUCGGAGCUCAUCGAGACUAAGUCCAGCCGACCUGUGCCCAAACCGCGAGGCAGUGUUCGGAAGUCGGGGGGUGACCUUUUGGAACAGGAGGGAGAUUCCCAGUCACAAAGUGGCGCCACGUGGCUCGUGGACACUAAGGAACCCAAGCGUACAAUCAGCACUAAGCGACGUCCGCUCUGAGGCUUUUCACUCCUGACACCGAGCGUUUUCCCACAGCUGAGAGGCUGCACGCAAUCCUGCACCUGGAUGCCAACUGGUCCUGCUAUUUGUCUGUGUCAUUGGGGCUUGUACUUGUAGCAGGAUCUUUCUGCUUUAUUGCCAGCAGUUAGUUAAGGUCCAAAGGAGGGAACCAUCCCAAAACACUGUGAUAUGGUCACUUAGCUUACAAAGUUAGCAUGGAAGCACUUUUAAAAACUCCCCAAGUGCAAGAUCAAGUGCGCCUUCUGCUUUUUUGGGCCUUUUUUGAAAAUAUCACACUUGCUCAAAGAAGGGGGGUGCAUCACUCUGUUAAUGUCUUUGCGUGCAGUCAGUUUGCCUGUAUUUUAACUGUGUGUAUGUGUCAUCCUCCCUUUAGUUGAACAUACCCCCCCAGCCAGUUUAAAAGGACAACUAUGUUGCAUGAUGGGUAAGAUAUUUUGUGGUGGGAAAAAAGGAGCAUGGCCGACCUUCAGUCCGGAGAGCAGAAUUUGUUGGUCCGACCUCAUUGCCGACAUCACUUCAAUUUCACUUCCUGCCCAUCAGAGAUGUGUAAUAGUGUGCGGAGGGCAUACGCGACACAGGUGUCCAUCUUAAGCUUCUUAAAGCGAGGGGAAAUUUGUGUGUGGGUUCGGGGGGGUGGGGGGUUCAAGUAAGUAAGGCAUAAUUUAAUUGGUCCUUUAUCAUCUCAUCCUCAGCAAUUGUAACUGUGAUUAGCAAUCUUGUACAGCGUGAUUCCUUAACUUAACCAAACAGAAUUUACCAGAAGUAACACUACAAAGACUGUUUUCUAGGUAUGUAACAGGGUGCAGCUUUGGCAUUUGAACUUGCAUCUAGUUUUAUUUGACAUUUGACCUAAUGCAGCAACUUGGUUUGUCUUCCUGUUCCUUUGUCUAAUCAAUCUAGUGAGAUUAUUAACCAAACCUGCAAUGCGGGACAGUAAUUCCUUGAGUUUGAUUGUUUGUUUGUUUGUUUGUUUUAAAGCUGCCAAGCAAAAACAAAAUAGGGGGCAGAAUUUUCUGCCAGAUUGUUGACUGUUAAUGGUACUUGCUUGUCAACUGAUGUAUGUCUACAUCAGUCAGGGCGUGUGGAUACAGUGCUUAACAUAAAUAAGUACGGCGAGGAAUUCAACCAAGAGUGAGUGGAAUCAUCAUCAUAAAUUCUCAAAAUAGUUUUUUGUGUGUACUGAGAAAUGCAUUCAAAUCUUACUGUUCAAAGUGAAUGGUACUCAUUUAUGUUGAGCACUGUCCACCUGUUGUGGUUAUGCUGUGUUUGGUACAUUGUCAGACCAGUAGGGUUACAUUUAUGGUACACUGUCUUUAACACGCCUGUGACGGGACCUUCGGCCAUCAGCAUGGUCCCAUUUUGCCUUUGCACAUCAAUGAGGAUCAGAAUGAAUAUUUUGGGACAAAUCUGAUGCGAAUGAUAUUGUACAUGAAACUAGUGGUCUUUAUUUUGAUACUUGAAUGAUUUUUGCUUUUAUAGAUCUCUAUACAGUAUAUAUGUGUAUGUAUGUAUGUAUGUAAUUUUUGACUUAUGUCAAAAAGAGAUUAAAAGGACUAUGUCUUGUAAAGUUACACAUAUCGUGGUAAAUGCUCUGUGAUUAUCGAGGCUGAGCGAACACAAGCGGGACCUCAAUUCAGGAAAAAAAAAAAAGAUUGUACAUAAUCUUGGGCUUCCUGUUUUUUUAUGAUUAUUUUCAUAAUUGUACAAUUAAUAAAUUGCGCAGUUUGAGAGUU